AUGAAACAACGUUAUUUAACAUUAACAAAUGAAAAUACAACUGUUGACCUUUUGACAGGUAAAUUCACUGUAAAACUACCAUGGGAAUUUACAACAUCUGAAACUCCCAUUAAAGUGAUAGAAAUAAUAAAUUUUAUUUAUUUUAAUCUAAAUGGUCAAUUGGAUGUUGGAAUAAGUUGUCAUGCUUCUUUUAAUCAUGACUCUAUUGAAAAUGAUCAAAUGGUAUGUUUUACUACUUAUGGAAGUAUGACACCUAGAAGAUUUGAAAUAAGAAGACAUUUAACUCAAUUUGAUAUAUGGUUUAAAGAUUAUAAAGGAGAGCCAAUAGUUCCUAUAGCUAAUCGUAAAGAUUUGAAAGAAGAAUUAAAAGAUUUUAUAGGUUGGGAUGAAUGGUUCAUCUUAGAACUUAAUUUAGAGUAUUAG